AUGCCCGGUCACACUCGCGCUUUUUACACCCCGACCCCUUCGUCUGCGACUCUCAAAUCGGGGACAGCUGCGCCCCAGCGCUACGUGACCCCUGUGGGCUCAGUAUCGAGCAGCGCGUCGAAGGCAGUUUCCUUUAGCGAUUCAGUUUCCGCCGGCGUUACUGCCUAUUAUCCGACCCCUGCGCCCAGUUUUCACUCGGUUGCGUCGGAUUAUCCUCCGACUUAUCACAGCGGGGCGCUCAGUCACGCGUCCAGCUAUCACUCUCGUACCUCCGGCCACCACGCCGGCCCCGACCACUCUGCGCAUUCGGGUUCGACCUCAUCUCAUUCUUCUCGCGGCCAUGCUGCUUCAACUGCAGAUUAUGGCUCGCAUCAUUCCUCGUCAAGCUCCACCCCACCGCCAGCCUUUUUGGCUGCCCACCCAGUCCUGUCCGGCGCUGCACCUUUCUCGCUCGCCUCGCCGCCGGACUAUCGCCAGCUCCCCUACCACGAGCAAGCCUUCUUCCCACCGGUAAGCAAGGUCUGCGUGCAAGUCCUCCUCAAGUCGGGUGUGAAGAUCAAGGUCGAUGUCGUUCAGCCCCCUUCACCCAACGGCUUGUCUGUCGGAGACGUAGUCAACACGCUCGUCUUCGCCCUACAAAGCGACGUGACGAACAUGCUGCCUCCAUCAUCCUCCCAGGACGUCUCUUGGUGUCCCUCUCGUGCCGAACGGGGCAUUCGAGUCAUCGAUGCCCUGCGCAACGGGUACGUAUUCACGAGACUGUUGCCGCACCCCCAAAAGCCUGCUACAUUCGUGCUGGAGACGAGAGCUGGUUGA